AUGGUCGACGAUCUGGAUGUGGCUGGUCUGCGUCUACAUCCGACCAAUUCCGGAUCGGGUUGCGAUGGCGCUAAGAGUAGCAACGACAUCAGCAACGGAAAGGCCGGCGUCAGUUCUGAUGAUACCGCGCAUGUUGCUUCUGGAGCAACUCGGAUGAUGGCAGCUUCAUCGUCCUCGAAUGCUGGUCCGAAACUCACUGGGCCGAUCCCCAUGACCAUGCCUUCGAUCCUCCGCAACCGAGCAACAUCGUCCACUCACCAUCUAUCGUAUCUCGUCAACCAAUCCGCCUCCACCUCGGCCUCCUCAUCGUCCUCGUAUCCACCAGCCAGCUCCUCACGUAACACUCGAUCUCGAUCUGGCAACACCAAGGAGCUCGGACGACGCAAACAGCGUCGGUCCGAAAACCUGCGUCUUCUCUCAUCCAACACGGCGCGGCCUACGCUGAAAGACUACCGUCUGCACACCAACACGAUCCGCUCCACCUUCAGCGCCUGCACGGCGUCUCGCAACGAACCUGUACCGUCGUCGAGCAAAGCUACGUAUUCGGAACCGCAACACGAUGCACAAAAUGCGACGCAGGGCCACUUUGGUAAAAGCCUACGCGAUGCGCAGCGGGUGCUGAAGAGGGUCUCGAUGGACCGAGUAGAUGACGAGAUGAUCAUGCAGGGUCGAGCGGGUGAACUGGAGAGGUUCAUAUGGCUGGUGGAUCGCGAGAUUCGCACGUGGUGCAACGGCGACGUGUUUGUGUUUGCUCCUCAAACUUGUCAAAAGACAGGCAAGGUUUUACUAGAUGAUGGUUUCAACAUCACCACUUGGCCGCUUGCUCGCGCGGAUCACAGCUCGACCGACACUCGUAACCACAUCCAGGCAGAGGCUCCAAGCGUGCAACUUGACUCGGUAACACCUGGCAAUUGGGGCGGACAGUUGGUGGAAUUCCAACGAACUCCCAACGCCCUGGUCUGGUUGGUCCACGAUCCGUUUCUGCGCUUGAUUGUGCAUUGCCUAGCUCGAGUUUCGCGCUGUCCAUCGUUCAGCAAAGACGACGCAUCGCGCGCCGGACUGAGGUUCACGUGGAUUUUGAAUCCCAAUCCACUGGCUAGACGAGGCAGACGCGGAAGAAGGGUGAGCGUCUCGAGUUCUGCCAUUUCCACUGCCGACCUAGCCAAUGCGGCCGAGGCAAUAACCAACGCGGUCCGAAGAAUACCCCCAGCACCAGGAGUUGGAGCACUGCAAACGCCACCAACGACUGAUUUCGAUUCGCAGACUGAGAGCGAGAUCGACACGGAUACGGAGGCGGGCAGUCUAGGUGGAUCAAUGGUGAUCGUUGCACCCGCAUCAACAGGUGUGCAAACCGAACGGAUCGCAGAUCAAGUCGAACGAGAUGCUGCGGAUACAGACGAAGAAGAAGCAGAGAUUCUCAGGAGGGUGACGAGAUGGGCCAUUGAUAGUCAUCGACGACGCGCCCGGCAAGAGGAGGAGGAACAACAGGCGCGACCACCGGACAGAUCCGCACAGGACAACCUGGGAUGUUCGACAAAACGUGCGGUAUCACACGAACCAGAUCAGACGCUCACAGCUACAGCGAUUGACGAGACAGAUGAGUUCGAUGACGAUGAUGACGAGGCAGACGAGUUCGGUGACGAUGAUGACGAGGUAUUCGGGGAUAGCGAAGACGAUCAUGAUACAAGGUCGUUUAGCGAUGCAUGA